CUAAGGUUCAGUUUUGUCUUCUGUUCCUUGAUGAUUUGUUUGUGCAACUCUCUCUCUCUCUCUCGGUGAGAGCCUGAAGCAAGCAGAGAAGCACACUCCGUCGUAUGUAUGCCACAACUUCUGCUUGGCUCGACCGUGAAACACGAAGUGAAGUGACAACCAUGUCUGCCAACAAGCUUGCGCUCAUACUCGUCGUGGGCCUCCUCAUCAACCUUGUAGCCCGCACCGCCGGUGACGACGGCCACCAGUUCGUCUACUCCGGCUUCGCGGGCAGCAGCUUCCUCCUGGACGGCGCGGCGUCCGUCACGGGGAGCGGCCUCCUGGAGCUCACCAACGGCACGCUCCGCCUCAAAGGCCACGCCAUCUACCGGACCCCGCUGCGCCUCCGCGGCCGCUCCUUCUCGUCCUCCUUCGUGUUCGGCAUCCUGUCGGCCUACCCGGACGUGAGCGCCAACGGCAUCGCGCUCUUCGUCGCCCCGACCACGAACUUGUCGGGCGCGAUGGCGGCGCAGUACAUCGGCCUCCUCAACAGCAGCAACAACGGCAACGCGACCAACCACGUCUUCGCGGUGGAGCUGGACACGAUGCAGAACAACGAGUUCAGGGACCUCAGCGACAACCACGUCGGGAUCGACGUCAACAGCCUCGUCUCGGUCAACUCCACCGACGCCGGCUACUACCCCGACGACGGCAACGGCGAGUUCCGCAACCUGACGCUCAUCAGCCACGAGGCGAUGCAGGUGUGGGUGGACUACGAGGGCGGGACCGGGAGGAUCAACGUCACCUUGGCCCCCCUCAACCUCAAGACGGGCAGCAGGCCGGCGAGGCCGCUGCUCUCGGUGGUGCACGACCUCUCGGCGGUGAUCCCCGACACGGCGUACAUCGGAUUCUCGUCCUCCACGGGCCUGGUCAGCUCGCGGCACUACAUCCUCGGAUGGAGCUUCGCCGUGGGCGGCCCCGCGCCCGCCAUCGACGUGGCCAGGCUGCCGAAGCUGCCCCGCGAUUUCCAAAAGCCAAGGUCCAAGGCCAUGGAGGUCAUCCUGCCGAUAGCCACCGCCGCGCUGGUCCUUCUAACCGGGACGGCCCUGGUUCUCCUAAGAAGAAGGCAGCUGAGGUACAGUGAGCUGAGGGAGGAUUGGGAGGUGGAGUUCGGCCCGCACCGCUUCUCCUACAAGGACCUCUUCCGCGCCACGGAAGGGUUCAAGAACAAGAACCUGCUGGGGGUAGGAGGGUUCGGGAAGGUGUACAGAGGAGCUCUUCCGGCGUCCAAAUGCCAGAUCGCCGUCAAGAGGGUGUCGCACAGCUCCAAGCAGGGCAUGAAGGAGUUCGUCGCCGAGAUCGUCAGCAUAGGGCGGAUGCAGCACCCGAACCUCGUUCAGUUACUCGGCUACUGCCGCCGGAAAGGUGAGCUGCUUCUGGUCUACGAGUACAUGUCCAACGGGAGCCUUGACAAGUACCUGCAUCCUCAACCUCAAGACGGAGACAAGCAAAAUGGUGCUACUCUCAACUGGGCUCACAGGCUUGGUAUCAUCAAAGGGAUUGCGUCCGGACUAAUCUACCUCCACGAGGAGUGGGAGAAAGUUGUCGUCCAUCGGGACAUCAAGGCCAGCAAUGUCUUGCUCGACGCCGGCAUGAACGGCCGGCUAGGCGACUUCGGGCUCGCGAUGCUGUAUGAUCACACCGCGGACCCGGAGACCUCGCACGUCGUUGGAACCAUAGGGUACCUGGCCCCGGAGAUCGGCCGCACCAGCAAGGCGACGAUCCUCACCGACGUAUUCGCCUUCGGCAUAUUCGUCCUGGAGGUCAUCUGUGGGAAGAAGCCCAUCAUGCAAGAUUCAAAGGAUGAUCAGCUCAUGCUGGCAGACUGGGUGGUGGGGCACUGGAGCAGAGGGUCACUGGUUGAGGCGGUGGAUACAAGGCUCCAAGGUGAGUACGACGAUGAUGAGGCGUGUGUGGUGCUCAAGGUGGGGCUGUUGUGCUCCCACCCAUUCCCUGAAGCAAGGCCGGCUAUGCGGCAAGUGUUGCAGUACCUGAAUGGUGAUAUGCCGGUGCCGGAACUAGUGCCGGCGCACCUAAGCCUCCAGAUGUUGGCGUUCAUGCAGAAUGAAGGUUUCGAUUCGUACAUCAUGUCGUAUCCUUCGUCGGUGGAGAGCGUUAACAGCUUCACUAGCCUUGUGCAACAGAGGUAGGAUAUGGUGUUACCGUUGGUUUCUUUGUAUUCCCCUUUUUUU